AUGAACACAACUAGUAUUCAUUCAGUCUCUGUACUGUAUAAUAAAUAUAGUAUUAAUCAUUCAGCAAUUGGAAUCAUUAAUGAUACGUCAAUGCGUAUUGAAAUCAAUGAAUUUAUUCGACAAGUUAAUUAUUGGUUAAUGAUUGUCGAAUUGAUUAUGGUUAUAUGUGGAAUAUGUGGUAAUGGUAUGGCUCUUAUUAUUAUAAAUCGUCGUUCAUUACGUGAUACCUCAUCAAGUGUAUUUAUAACAUAUUUAGCUGUGUUCGAUACAUCCGUUCUAAUUGUUCAUAUAACAAGUUUAGUAACAUUACAUUCAGUACAAUCAUAUAUAUUACAUUGUUUUUUUGCUUUUCUAACUGAUUUCGUUACAUUUACAAGUGUUUGGAUUAUGGUUAUAAUGACAAUCGAACGUUGUAUUGCUGUUCAUUCACCAUUUUUAGCUAAACGAUUUUGUACAAGACAACGUGCACGUUAUUCAAUGUAUAUACUUAUAUUGAUAGCGUUUCUUUUAUUUUCUAUAACAUUUCCAAUUAUAUAUACAAUAGAUAAAUAUCAAAAAAAAUGUGGUGUACGUCAACAAUAUCAAACGCUAAUACGAAUUAUAAAACCAACAAUAUUUUAUUUUAUACCUGAUCUUAUUUUAUUAGUAAAUUUAUUUAUUAUUUAUGAAUUAUGUAUGGCACGACGAUCUCGAACACAAACAUUAAUAAAUCCCGAAAAUGCUAUACAUCAAAUAAAUGCAGCAUCAUUUAAUCGAAAACAACAACAAUUAACAAUAAUGCUUGUUACAGUUUCAUUAAGUUUUUAUUUAUUUACAACACCCGCUAUUAUUGAUUAUAUUCGUCAACGAAAUCCACCUAAAUAUCGAAAUAUCAAACGACUUAAAAUGCGUUUUCUAAGAACGAAUUUAACUGUUCUUUGGCUUCAAAUGAGUGCAGCUACUAAUUUUGUAUUUUAUUGUUUAUCUGGUUCAAAAUUUCGUGCAACUUGUAUUGAAACAUUAGAUGAUAUUUAUGCAUAUAUACGAAUAAAAUUUGAUGAUGAUUAUCAACGAAAACGAGCAACAAGUCGUAUUCGGACAAGUUCAAAUUUUGGUUUAGAACUUCGUACUGGACCUUACUAUAGUCGACGAGAUACACGUCGAUCAACUUCAGUAUUACAAACAUUUACUUAUCCAUUAAGUAAUUCAUCUAAACGACCUAGUAGUGAUACAAUAAUAAGUUCUCAAUUGAAUAGUAGACGAGCAUCAAGAUGUGUAGUUAAUGUGCAAGAAGUUUAA